AUGUGUUCUUCAGAAGCUAGGGCGUACCCCAGAAGCGACGCGCAUUGUCCUCGCCCGGGCAAUGUGGCAAAUAUGCGAGGGCUACCGGCUAGAGGACAAAGCCGGCCAAAGAAGUUAGUCCGCCAUCGCCAGCAACAUCCAGUGCGCUUGGCAACACUUAACGUUGGGACGCUUACUGGAAGAAGUCGUGAACUGGCAGACAGUCUCAGAAAACGCCGUGUUGACAUAUGUUGUGUACAGGAGACUCGCUGGAAAGGCUCCAAGGCAAGGGAAUUAGGCGAUGGCUACAAGCUGAUCUACCACGGCACAUCAAAUCGCAACGGCGUUGGUAUCAUAUUGAACGAGUCGUUUAGAAAUAGCGUCACAGCGGUGGAUCGACCAUCAGAUCGCUUGAUGGCUGUAAAAGUAGAUACAGGAGAAGUGGAAUUGCGAGUCGUCUCUGCUUAUGCGCCACAGAUGGGCUGUAGUGAAGAAGAGAAGGCGUGCUUUUGGGAAGAUCUGGAGCAGUACGUCCAAUCCCUGGAAAGCGAAGAAGUACUUUUAAUCGGAGGAGACUUCAACGGACAUGUCGGUUCCCGGAAAGACGGAUUCGAGAGUUGUCAUGGUGGAUACGGCUAUGGAGCUCGUAACGACGACGGGUUGCGAAUCCUGGAGUAUGCUGUUGCAAGUGACUUGAUCAUUGCUAACACGCAGUAUCAGAAAAGAAAAUCGCAUUUGAUCACGUACACCAGCGGCGGUCGUGAAACACAAAUAGAUUUCUGGAUGUUACGCCGACGAGAUCGCCGACUUCUGCAGGAUUCAAAAGUCAUUCCUACAGAUCAUGUCGCUGCCUAA